AUGGCGCCAGUGACGAACGGACGCGUGCUCUUCAACGAGAUCCCUGCAGGAUAUCCCGAGCCAGGAAAGACGACCGUUUAUGAUGAUUCGCAAAAGAUCGACCUAGAACGCAUACCCCUCAACGGAGGGAUACUCAUCAAGACGCUUUUCCUCUCUAUCGACCCAUACCUGAGAGGGAGGAUGAGGGAUGCAAGCAUCCCGUCGUAUUCCCCUGCAUUCGUACUUGGAGAACCCCUCACUAACUAUGGAGUGGGCGUCGUUCUUCGAUCCGAAAGAGCCGCAUUCGAGCCUGGCGAUCAUGUAUACGGGUGGUUCCCCUUUCAACAAUUUUUUGUCGCUCAAGAUGACGAUCCCAAACGUCCUAUCAGGAAAUUGGACGACUAUAAGAUGCCCUGGUCAGUCUAUACUGGAGUGUGCGGAAUGCCUGGCCAGACUGCCUAUUACGGAUGGAAAGAGUUUGCGAAUCCAAAACCUGGUGAUGUCGCAUUUGUAACAGCCGGUGCAGGACCCGUUGGAUCUAUGGUAAUCCAGCUUGCGAAGGCAGACGGGCUCAAAGUGAUCGCGUCGGCUGGGUCUGAAGAGAAAGUGGCAUUUAUACGGGACAUUGGCGCAGACGUAGCGUUCAACUACAAGACCGAGAGAACAGUUGACGUUCUCCGAAGGGAGGGCCCGAUCAAUGUCUAUUGGGACAAUGUCGGUGGCGAGUCCCUUGAUGCUGCACUGGAAACUGCAGCUACGGGCGCGAAUUUCAUCGAAUGUGGAAUGAUCACGGGCUACAACGGGGAGUCGUAUCACGUUAAGAACCUUGAUAAAAUUUUCGCGAAACGGUUGAAGCUCUUUGGGCAUCUUGUUAGCCCGCUGCACCCUAAAUAUCAAGAGCAGUUCUACAAGGAGAUCCCGCCGCGUGUUGCGCGUGGGGAGUUCAAGUACACCGAAGACAUCAAGCACGGGUUGCACCUUGCGGGUCACGCUAUAGAAGAUGUACAGAGGGGCAAAAACAAGGGGAAGAGCGUUGUCCUCGUUGCUGAAGAAUGA